AUGAAAUCUAGCAUUGCCCAGAAUCAGAGAAUUCAUCCCAGAGAGAAACCCCAUCAACGCCUUCACCCUGGGAAACCCUUUAGAGAUUGUUCUCACCUUAACCCACAUGACAGUGUUCAUUCUGGGGAGAAAUCCUAUGAAUGUAAAAAAGAUAAAAAUACCUUUAUCAGGAGUUCUUUCUUAGGUGCACAUGAGAGAGAACAUACAAGAGAGAAAUCCUAUGAAUUCAGUGACUCUGGCGAAGUCUUAAAUUCAAACUUCUACCUUAAGAAGCAUGAAAAAACUCACAUUAGAGACAACUCUGUUCAAGGUAGGCAGUGUAGUAAAGUAUUGCAGAGCCGCUCAUCUAUUACAUUGCACGUGAGAACCCACAGUGGAGAAAAACCUUUUAAAUGUAACCAGUGUGGGAAAGCCUACAGUUCAAGCUCUUAUCUUAAUCGGCACAAGAGAAUUCACUCUGGGGAGAAGCCCUAUGGAUGCCGUGACUGUAGAAAAACCUUCAGAGAUAGUUCACUUCUUAGACAACAUGAAGAGAUUCAUUCCAAGGAUAAACCCUACAAGUGUGAUCAGUGCAACAAAACAUUCAGUAGAAGGUCUAGGCUUAACACGCACAAGAUAUUACAUACUGGAGAGAAGCCCUAUGCCUGCAAUGAUUGUGGGAAAACCUUCAGUAUUCUCCCGUACCUUAAAAGACAUAAGAGAAUCCAUACUGGAGAGAAAUCCGUUGUGUGUAACCUCUGUGGAAAAGCACUAAGUAGUGAGUCAUACCUGAAGACACACCUGAGGAUACAUACUGGAGAGAGACCUUACAAGUGUGGUCAGUGUGGGAAAACUUUUAGAAUGAGCUGUAAUCUCAUAGUGCACAAGAAGAUGCAUGCUGGAGAGAAACCGUGUAUAUGCAAGGUCUGUGGGAAAUCCUUCAGGGACCACUCGUGUCUGAAAGAACACAUGAGAAUUCACACUGGAGAGAAACCCUUUGCAUGCCAUCAGUGUGGGAAAACCUUCAGAGUGAAUUAUUUCCUCAUUUUGCACAAGAAAAUUCACAUGAGGACGAAACAAUAUGAGUGUAAGGAAUGUGGGAAAGCCUUCAGUGGUGUCUUAUCUCAUAGGAGACAUAUGAAAAAGCACACCAGGGAGAAGAAACCCUUCAACUGUAGUGAGUGUGGAAAAGCUUUUAGGAGGAAUGCAUCCCUUACAAUACACAUGAGAACCCACACUGGGGAGAAGCCCUACGAGUGUGAUCAGUGUGGGAAAACCUUCACUGUAAGGGGUAAUCUUACCGUGCACAAGAGAGUGCAUACUGGCGAAAAACCCUAUCAGUGCAAUGUCUGUGGUCGUGCUUUCAGUAAGCUCUUAUCCCUUCGGAGGCAUCAUGAGAGCACUCAUGCUGGACAAAACUCCUAGCAAUGUCCCUGUGGAAUAGUUCUUGAACUCUCGAUCUUUAUGGCAUACAAGCAAAU